GGCAGGCGUCUGACAGCGUAACACCGGGAACCAUUGAUCCACUUAUCGGGCUGCAUGUCUCUAGCAUGUACGUUGUCAAUUGCGCUGCACUGUCGUGUAUCGCACGUCAGGUCAGCUCGUCUGGUUGCUGGCGAUAAAGAGACGUAGGAAGGAAAACCAGGCUGACUAUAAAAUCGUUGUCGAGAUAGCAUAGUGCCAAAGUGUAGGAUCAGCAAAGCGCAGCGCAGACCAACAUGAAACGCUUCUGUGCCCUCUCAGUGUUGUGUCUGGCGGUGUUGACCAGUGCUACAGAGAAUGACGUCGAAACGGGAGGCUGGAUGGGCCGGAUUAUUGGUGGCCAGGAUGCGGUAACGGGGCAGUUCCCGUACCAAGUGUCACUGCGCACCUCAUUCGAUUUUCAUUUCUGCGGUGGAGCGAUCAUUGGUGAUCGCUGGAUCCUGACGGCGGCCCACUGCGUCAUCGGUCGUGAACCCAGCGAGAUGGUGGCCGUUCUUGGAUCCCUUUCGAAACAGCGCGGUGGUUCGAACUACGAACUCCAAGACAUCAUUGUGCACCCGAACUAUAAUGGAUGGAAUCAGGACAAUGAUAUCGCCAUUCUGCGGCUGCAAAAAUCGAUCCGAUUCAGCACUACCGUCUUCCCGGUGAAGAUGGCACGCAACUAUGCAUCCGGCAAUAUGGCGGUGCUCGCAUCGGGAUGGGGUCUCACCUCAGUGAGUACAGCGGCCCAGCCCGAUGUGCUGCAGUAUGUUGCCCUGCGUACGAUCGACAACACGGAGUGUGUGCGCCGGUUCACAAGCCUCGAGAACCGUUCGGUUACGCCGACCAAUCUGUGCACCUAUAGUCGUACCAGCCAAGGCACAUGCAUGGGAGACUCCGGUGGCCCACUGGUCAACAAUGGUGAGCUGGUAGGUCUGGUGUCUUGGGGCAUACCCUGUGCCGCUGGCUAUCCCGAUGUCUAUGUUCGCGUCGCUUCAUACCGUGCCUGGGUCACUGCCAUCACUAGUGUACACUAA